CGAUCAAGGAGUUGCGAAAACAAAAAGAAGAAAAAGAUUGGAGGAAGGAGAGUACGGAGAAGAAGAAGAAGAAGGAAUAAGUGAAAAGUCUGAGAAAGAUUCACACUUACAAAGACACACGUCUUGUAAUUGCCUUGCUUCCCCAGGAAUUUUAAGACGAGGAAAGCUUACAGAGGAAGCAGAGGGAAGGGUAAAAUAGGAAGUUAAAUAACGUGUUUUAUUUUGUUUUUGGCGCCAUGGUGUUGAGAAUCUUAUCUCACAACGGUUCUCUUUCCCGCCACUUUCUGCGUUAGCCUGUUUAAUGGGCCACAAUUUAAAGCCUUAUUACAAAAUUAAUGGGCUUUAAAGAUGUAUCGGGCUUUCUUUGUUCUAAGAAGUCAAAGCAAAACAUUUCGAGUUUUUUAAUUUUCCCGCGUGAAAGAGCCACCACUCUACACACCUUUUAACAUCUUUCUCUGAUGCAGCGUACGUGUCCAUCAUUCUCUCUUUUCUCCGAUUCGAUUUGCGGAGAAGCUCCGAUGGAAAACUCCAGAUCCAGAUCCGUCUUCGUCGACAUCGGACUAAGAGAGCUCAACGGAUUUCGAGUAAGGAAGCGGCCGUUCUUCUUCGCAGAUUCCGAGCUGGUUUGCAGAGAGAUAGCCGGCGUAGCUGUCGAACACGACGGCGAUCGGACUCCUCCCUUGGCCGUUUCGUUCUGUAAGGGUAGCAGGAAGUCUCAGUUAUUCGCGGUGUCAGAUGAGGAUGGGCAUGUGAGCUUGUUUAAUUCGAAUCACAAGUUUGACUCUUCUGCAACUCACCAGGAGAAUACAUAUAAUGCCAGGCUUAGUGACUGGGUUGCUCAUUAUAAUGCGGUGUUUGACAUUUCUUGGAUCAAGGGAGAUAGUUGUCUUCUGACUGCUUCUGGUGAUCAAACUAUUAAAGUAUGGGAUGUUGAGGAGAAUAAAUGUACUGGAGUCCUUAUAGGACACACAGGAACUGUUAAAUCAAUGUGCUCACAUCCAACACGUUCUGAUCUUCUUGUCUCUGGCUCCAGAGAUGGAUGUUUUGCGCUAUGGGAUUUUAGAUGCAAAAGUAGCUCUCACAAAGAGGAGUUUUGCAUCAACUAUACUGGCAUGGUUAAAGGAGCUCAUCUAUCUCCUCUUUCGAAACGAAUCAGACGUAGCAAGGCUGCUUCAUCAAGCAUUACAUCUGUGCUUUAUCUCAAGGACGAGAUCACAAUUGCCACAUCUGGAGCACCAGAUAGCGCAUUGAAAUUUUGGGAUACAAGAAAGCUGAAAGUUCCUUUUGCUCAAGCAUCUCCACAGCCAGACUCAACAAACACUAAGGAAAAGAGAGCACAUGGUAUAGUAUCAUUGUCCCAGGACUCAAGUGGGACCUUACUCACAGCAUCAUGCAAGGACAACAGAAUCUAUCUAUACAACAUACUGCAGCUUGACAAAGGACCUGUACAAUCUUUCUCUGGUUGCAGAAUAGAUUCUUUUUUCGUAAGGACAAUGAUUAGUCCUGAUGGUGAAUACAUUUUAAGCGGUUCAAGCGACGGUAACGCAUACAUAUGGCAGGUCAAUAAGCCUCAAGUAGAUCCUACAAUCUUGAAAGGCCAUGACUCUGAAGUAACCGCAGUAGAUUGGUCUCCGUCAGAGAUUGGGAAGGUAGCAACAGCUUCAGAUGAUUUCACGGUACGACUGUGGAACAUAGAAAACAACCGUUGCACAACCGCAAACGCAUCAGCGUCAAGAGUUAAACGCAGAGUAACUGCAUUGUCAAAUACUGAAGCAACCAAAGAGAGACUUGAGAUGAACAGAGAACCUGAGAGUCCCCAAAAGCAUUCAUCAGAUGAUGGUGAUGACAAUAAUGAUAAUCAGUCAAUGCCUAUCAUCAGAACUCCAGAGACUCAGAGAAAGAAAACAUCGUUAUCAUCAUUGUCAUUCUCAGCCUCAGAGGAAGACAAAACAUGCGAGAGAACACCAGAAACCGCGGUUGACAGUCCAUUGUCUGUCCUAAACCCUCCUUCCUCUGUCAAAAGACGAACCAUUAGAGAUUAUUUUCUUGUCACUCCCUAAACCGCUGGGUAAUCUCUUGGCCAUUCUUUUUGUCAAAAAAUCAUUAGUGUACAGAUAUUUGUAAGAUUUAUUAAAUCCAGGUUAUAUCUGAAUGUUUUUUUUUUUGCAAAAAUAAACCAGAAGCUGUUAAAUAGUAAGAUUUUUAUUGUAUGUUCCUCAAUUAGUACUACGUUUAUUUAAUACUACAUUAACAAAA